AUGGAGCUAUCAAGGCGUCUUGAAAGACAGCCCUUCUUUGUUCUGCUCUGUGCGUGUGCUCUCUCUUCUUGUACGAGGGUCCACCACCGAAAAGGUGGUCAAGGUGGGGUGAGGGGCAAUACCGAGAGGAUUAAGAAUUAUGGAGAGAUUGGGAAGAGUUGCAGGGAGAAGGAAGAAGGAAGAAGAUGGAGGAAGAGACAGUUGAUGGUGUUUGUUUUGCGGGGGUUAAGGUCUAUCUCCCGGAACAAACCCUCGACAACUCAAGGCGCCGAGCAAAGUAGCAGACUAUUGCACUCCGCUAUGGGUAGAGCAACGAAGUUAGCUGCCCAGUGCCAGCAACCCCUGACCAGUAACUUAUUAGUAGAGGGUUGUGGGAGUACCGAUGACGAUCGAUGCAGUGGCGUGGAGAACGGUCACUGCAAGCUGUAUGUAAACGUUGACUCAAAGUUCCUAUGCAAUCGUUGUCCUCAGAACAGACCAGGUGUGUGUAAUGAUCUCGGUAAGAGCCAGAGAGCGAGUCCCCCGCAAUUGUCAGCACCAAGAGCAGGAUACCUUAGGUAG